AUGUCGGCUGAUCCGAUGCGGGACGAGAUCCCGCUCAGCCCGCUCUCGGGCACAGCCACGCCUCAUAGCGUUCUCGACCGCAUCGCCUCGAGCAGCGGCGUCACCACUCCGGCCGAACCCGACAGGGACCCCGUCGACCUGAAGCGCGGUGCGGGCGGCUUCGACGGCGACAGCAUCGACGGCGACGGCCUCGAUGGUUACGACGUCGAUAGCGCCGAGCCCGCUCGAAACUAUCCGGAGCUGGGCAAGGGCUACUACACCACCACCGCAGAGGCCGAGCGCUCCGACGAGGCCAGCUGGGCCGUGUGGAUCCUCGCAUUCUGCGCUGCCCUCUCCGGCUCCAUCUUUGGGUACGACACCGGCUACAUCUCCUCUGUCCUCGUAAACAUCGGCGACGACCUCGGAAGGACGCUCUCCAGCUUCGACAAGGAGCUCAUCACGUCGGCCACCGCCCUUGGAGCCCUCAUCGGCGCCCUCGGUGCGGGCCUCCUCGGCGACUGGCUCGGCAGGAAGGCCGUCAUCGCCAUCGCAAACGUCAUCUUCAUCGCGGGCGCCAUCAUCCAGGCUGCCUGCCACGGACUCUGGGUCAUGAUUGUCGGCCGCCUCGUCGUCGGGCUCGGCGUCGGCAUCGCUAGCAUGAUUGUCCCGCUCUGGAUCGGCGAGCUGGCUCCGACCCACAUCCGGGGCCGCCUGGUGACUGUCAACGUCGUCUUCAUCACCCUCGGCCAGGUCAUCGCCUACGGCGUCGGUGCCGGCUUCGAAAAGAUCAGCGGGGGCUGGCGGUACACUGUCGCCGGCGGCGCCAUCCCUGCCAUCGUCCAGCUCAUCAGCAUGCUCUGGCUGCCCGAAUCGCCCCGCUUCGACAUCCGCAAGGGGCGCGUCGAGAAGGUGGCGCGCACCUUCCAGCGCAUCUUCCCGCACGCCACCUAUGAGGAGUGUCUGCUCAAGGCCGAGGUCAUCAGCGCCAAUGUCGAGGCGGCCCGCCAGCAGGGAUCCAGCGUCAGCCUCUACCAGCGCCUGCGCAACAUGCUCGUCGUUGGCAGCAAUCGCCGUCCGCUGCUCGUUGCGUGCGGCCUCCAGGCGCUGCAGCAGCUCUGCGGCUUCAACACGCUCAUGUACUACAGCGCCACGAUCUUCGCGGCCAUCGGCUUCUCGAACCCGACGGCCGUCUCGCUGAUCGUCAGCGUCACAAACUUCCUUGCCACGCUCGUCGCGCUCAAGUACAUCGACAUCAUCGGCCGCCGCAGGAUCAUGCUCUGGACCGUCCCUGGCAUGGUGCUGGGCCUCACCUUUGCUGCCGUCUGCUUCCACUUCCUCACCAUGCACACCAACAACGAGCUCGACGGCGCCAAGUACGCCGGGUUUGUCUAUCCCAAGAGCUGGUCCAUCCUGCUCAUCCUCGCCAUGAUCUUCUACGUCGCCAGCUACGGACUCGGCGUGGGUAAUGUCCCCUGGCAGCAGGGUGAGCUGUUCGGCAUCGAGUCCCGCGCCAUCGGCACCAGUCUGGCCACGGCGACCAACUGGGGCAGCAACCUGCUCAUCGGAGCCACCUACCUUUCGCUCAUGAGCGCCAUUACGCCCGCCGGCGCCUUCGGCUUCUAUGCCGGCCUCUGUGCCCUGGGUUGGGUGGCGUGCAUCUUCGGGUUUCCCGACACCCGGCGCCUGUCGCUCGAGGAGGUUCAGAGCAUCUUCAACGACUCGUGGGGCAUCAAGGCGGCCGAGGAGCUCCGCGCCAAGAAGGACCAGGACGCCGCGGUGGCCGCCAACAAACGACAGCAGGCCGCCGAGCAGGUGCUGGCGGCCUCGACCGCCGUCGAACGCCGCCCCGGUGCUGCCGCCACCGGAGUCGAGCUGUCAAAGGGCCGGCCGGGCGCAAAGGCGCGCACCGCCGUCGGCGCAUCUCCCGAGACGCCGACCUACGAGCGCGAGCAACCGACCGCGGUCAAGGGCACCAAGGAUAGCAGCGGCGUGGAUCUCGACGACGACGACGAAAAGAAGACCGGAUCGACCGACGCACCGGUGGCCAUCCUGACCAACGACUCGGCUUCCGUCUGGGAUCAGACGCCCACGGCGUUCGAUGAUCCAGACGUCUCGGCACACACCGGAAGCAGCCUCACCCCCGCUUGGCGACCGCCGAGCAGCGGUGAGCAGGUCGUCUUCAACGACGGCAGGAUGACUGGCUCGUCGCCCGCCAUGCCCAGCCAGCUGCCCGCCAGCGCCAUGGUCCCUCCGCCGCCCAACGACUACUCGACGACGCCUGCGAGACCCGGGCGCGACCGCUCAGCCACGACCAACUCGGUCUACUCGACACGCAGCAUCCGCGCCCCACGCAUCUCGAUGGAGGGCAACGCCAGCCCGCUCGCCAAAAUGGGCAUCAAGGGCGACGCCCUCAUGCUCUUCGUCACCUGCUUCGCCAGCCUCGGCGUCUUCCUCUUCGGCUACGACCAAGGCGUAAUGAGCGGGAUUUUGACGGGCCCGUAUUUCAAGGCGUACUUUAACCAUCCGACGGCGUACGAGGUGGGGACGCUUGUUGCGAGCCUGGAGCUGGGCGCGCUGGUGACGAGCCUGGCGUGCGGCAAGCUGGCCGACAUUUUUGGACGCAAGCAGACGCUGUUCUGGGGCGCCGUCAUCUUUUCGGUGGGCGGCACGAUCCAGACGCUGACGACGGGCUUCAACAGCAUGCUGGUGGGCCGCAUCGUGUCCGGGCUGGGCGUCGGUUUCCUGAGCAUGAUUGUGCCGACGUAUCAGAGCGAGAUCUCUCCCGCCGAGCACCGGGGCAAGCUGAGCUGCAUCGAGUUCACGGGCAACAUCAUCGGGUACGCCUCGAGCGUCUGGAUCGACUAUGGCUCCUCGUUCAUCGAGAGCGACAUCUCGUGGCGGCUGCCGCUGUCGCUGCAGGCCGUCAUCGGGCUGACGCUCGCCCUCGGUUCGCUGCUGCUGCCCGAGUCGCCCAGGUGGCUGCUGGACCGCGACCGCGACGAGGAGGGCAUGCGCGUGCUGGCCGACCUGCACGGCAAGGGCGACCCCAACGACCCAAAGGCCAAGCUCGAGUUCCGCGAGAUCAAGGAAAACGUCAUCUACCUGCGCAAGCAGGGCGACAACAGCUACGCGCGCAUGUGGCGCCAAUACAAGUACCGCACCCUCAUCGCCAUGUCGUCGCAGGCCUUCGCCCAGCUCAACGGAAUCAACGUCAUAUCCUACUACGCCCCGCUCGUCUUUGAGUCGGCGGGCUGGAUCGGCAGGGACGCGCUGCUCAUGACGGGCAUCAACGGCAUCAUCUACGUCCUCGCCACGGUGCCCACCUGGUUCCUCGUCGACCUGUGGGGGCGGCGCGCCAUCCUCAUGUCGGGGGCCGUCGUCUGCGGCAUCGCCCUAGGCCUCUGCGGCUGGUUCCUCUACCUCGACGCAUCGUACACGCCCCAGGCCGUCGUCGGCUGCGUGAUCGUCUACAACGCCUUCUUUGGUUACUCGUGGGGGCCGAUCCCCUGGCUCUUCCCGCCAGAGAUUAUGCCGCUUGCGUUCCGAGCCAAGGGCGCCUCGCUCUCCACUGCGACAAACUGGGCGUUCAACUACAUUGUCGGCGAAGCCACGCCAGUUCUUCAGGAGACGAUCAAGUGGCGACUCUACCCGAUGCACGCCUUUUUCUGCGCGUGCUCCUUUGUUGUUGUCUACUUUGGCUAUCCCGAAACGGCGGGUGUGCCGCUCGAAGAGAUCGGAGCGCUGUUCGGCGACGAGGGCAUCGUCGUACCGCAAGAUGAUGAGGACGAGGAUGAGGACGAGGACGACGAGGAGGCGCAGGCGGGUCGACACCGCCGCGAGUCGACGGACGGCGGCGCCGCCCGUCCGAUCCGACGCUCCAUCAGCUCUCACCCGCGCAUGCAGAGCGAGGAGGAACGCGCCGCCCGUGCCGCUGCCACGCGUGUUGCCGCAGACGAACGCCGCAAGUCGCGCACCUUCUUUGGCCUGGUGUCCAACACCGGCUUCCUUGGCCGGCUGUUUGGGGCGGGCGCAGACGUUGAUCGGAGGGGAGAGUACGAGCAGGUCCGGAGAGAUGAACAUUAG